AUGUCCUUCAAAGCGGUCGUUCUAGUCGGAGGCCCACAAAAAGGUACUCGUUUCCGUCCACUCUCUCUUCAACUGCCUAAACCACUUUUCCCAAUUGCUGGAGUUCCUUUAAUUGAACAUCAUAUCGAUCAACUUUGCCAGGUAGGUAGGCUUUUUGAAAUAUUGCUUCAAAAACCUAUAUUUCAGUUAUCUGGAUUGUCUGAAAUCCUAUUGCUCGGUUUCUUCCCCACUGAUCUCUUCACUGAAUUCAUCGAUCGUUGCCAGAAAACCUACCGCGUCAGCAUAAAAUAUCUCGAAGAACCCAAUCCACUCGGAACUGCUGGAGGUCUCGUUUCAUUCAAAAACACAAUACUCUCCGGCGAUCCGGAUGCGGUUUUCGUCAUCAAUGCUGAUGUGUGCGGGGACCUGCCUAUCGAAGAUAUGGGUGCAAAAAUUGAUUCAAUUUCUGGAUCCAGUAUGCUGAUGCUCACUACAGAAGCAACUCGUCAACAAUCAAUCAACUUCGGAUCGGUCGUCACAGACUCCAACGGAAAAGUUGUACAUUAUGUAGAUAAACCAACUACUUUUGUGUCUACCAAUAUUUCUUGCGGAGUGUAUCUGAUGAAAACUGAGGUCAUCCGACAACUCGAUCUUCCACUCAACGGAGAUGGAAUCUGGUUGGAAACAGACGUACUUCCACAGCUUGCUGCUUCCGGAAAUCUGUAUGCUCUUCACACAACCAGAUGGUGGAGCCAAACAAAAACCGCAGCUGCCGUUCUGUAUGCGAACCGUCACUAUCUUCGUCUCUAUAAAAAGCGCUAUGCGGCUCGACUUUGCAAAAAUGGGGCUCAAAUUAUUGGAGAUGUUUUUAUUGAUCCAAGUGCUAAAGUACAUCCAACAGCAAAGAUCGGGCCGAAUGUGAGCAUUGGUCCGAAUUCAGUUAUUGGAAAAGGAGUACGCAUCAAGGAGUCGAUCAUUCUCCCAGAAGCUGUGAUUGAGGAGAAUGCGUGUGUCUUGCAAUCUGUUAUUGGAUGGCGUUCAGUCGUAGGUGUGUGGGCACGGAUUGAAGGAAUCCCUCUCGAGCCGAACCCUAACCUUCCGUUCGCUAAGAUGGACAACAAACCACUUUUCCUUCCGGACGGCCGUCUCACUCCAUCUCUAACAAUUCUUGGAUCUGAUGUCUCCGUUGCUCCAGAAACUAUAAUCUUAAACUGCGUCGUUUUGCCGUACAAGGAGUUGACAUGUAGCUACAAAAACCAAAUUAUUCUUUAA